AUGCCUAACUUCUUUAGAGAUUCUACAUUGGGCUUUAGACCAAGAUCAAAUAUUUUCAAUAAACUAAGAACAAAAGAGCAUGACGAGAAAGUUCAUGACGAUGAUGAUGUUGAUGAUAAUAAUAAUAACGCAAAAUCUACUGAAAAUGAUGGAGAUUCUUCGAUGAUGAAUUAUAUGUUCUCCGAUGGAGAUGAUUCGAUUCAAACAAUCAAUCAAACUAAAGUGUCUGAACCAAACAGUUAUAUUUCUGAUAAUGUUAAGAAAGUAUCAACUAGCACUCCUCGUACUUCGAAGAUAUCGAAGAACUUAGGGUCAGGAAAUAAAGGGAUUCAGAGAACAGACAAUGAAGAAGAUGAAGAGGGCCAGGAGGAAGAAGAUUUUGAGAUUACGGAGGUUAGAAAUAUUGAUCAGACUUUGUCUCCAAGUUCUACUAAAGUUGAAUCUGAUAUUUUGGAGGGGAAACAUCCUAAGGUAACAAAGUCUGAUAAUGUCGACACUUCUUCCAAUGAUGUUCUACUAGAGGCAUUCACUAAUACCCAAAGGAUUUGUAGUAAUUUAAAGAUUGAGUUACAGAAACAACAUUCAGAAAAUACUAAAUUAAAGUCUAAGUUGAAUAAUUUUGAAAGAGAAUCAAAGGACAUGCAAGAUAAAGUUACAAAAUAUAAAAUGAUCCUUAAUGGAUUACAAGAUAAAACAACGGAAUUAUUUAAGAAAAGGAAUUUAGAUAAUAAUAACCUUUCGGAAUUAAAAAAAUUUCAAGAAGAAUUACAACGAAGAAUAAAUAUUUAUAAAGAGGAAGUAGUUCAAUUGAAAUCCCAAAUGACUGAAUUACAAAAACUUAAACAUUCGUUAGAGGGAGAACUAAUGAAAAAGGAUAAAGACUUGGAAUAUGUAAGACAAGAGUUGGAUGAUUGUUCUGGACAGCUCACUGAAGAAAAAUUGAAAAAUUCGUCGUUAUUAGAAGAAAUUGUAUUAACCAGGAAUAUGACUUUAGAGUCCUUUGAGAAAAAAUUUGAACAAUUGCUACUAGAAACGAAAAAUUUAACAACUAGUACAGAGGUAACAAUUAACGAAAAUUUUAUAAAUCAACAUUCCAAAUUUGUUGAACAACAAGAGGAAUUUUAUACCAAAUAUUCUAAAAUAACAACAGAUUCCUUGGAUAAAAAAUUUGAUGAGGAUUUGAAAAAAGUAUUAGAUGAAGAAUUAUUACAAUUUUCUAAUUGGUUUGAAAAAAUUGAUAAAUCUUUACUUAUAAAUUAUACUAAUUUCGAGAAUGAAUUAAAUUCUUUCCAGACUAAAAUCAUUGAUCAAUUAGUUGGUUCCGAGAUCAAAAAUGAUGAAACAUUGAAUAAUAUUACUGUUCUUCUUAAAGAGAAAUGUCAAAAUAUCAUUAAUGAGACCAACACUGAAUUGCUGGUAAUACAUGAAAAAUUAGAGGGCUAUCAAAAAGAAUUAACCAAAGCUAAUAUAUAUGAAAAUAAUAUCAGAGAACUUGAAAAACAAAUUUCUUCUUUGGAGCAACAAAAAACAGAGAAUUUGGUAAAUCUUGGUACCCGAAAUGCUGAAUUGGAAGACCUUAGGGUUCAAUUGGAAUCCCAAUCCAUUGAACUUUCCAAUACGAGAUCUGCUGACUCUGAGUUAACAAGAAAGUUUGAGAUGUUAGAAGGUGAAUCUGGGAAGUUAAAAAUUGAGUGUAAGAAGCUGAAUGAAAUAUUGAUUACCGAGAAAGGAAAUUUUCAGAACAAGAUAGCCGCUCAAGAAGGAAUAUCCAGUGCGAUUAAAUCCGAGAAUGACUCUUUAAAAUCAAGGAUUCGAGAGUUGGAAGGAAUGAGGAAAUCUUAUGAAACUGAACAAACAUCAAGAAUGGAUAAAUUCCAGAAAUUAAAUGAACAAUUUCAAAAGAUGAAUGUAGAGAUGAUUCAACUAAAGGCUCGUGAAUUGGAACUUCUCGAGGAUAAUAAAAAUUUGAACAAUAAAAUAAUGGACGAUACCGUGGGAUACGAAGAAUCGUUGAAUGAAGUUAAUAGCUUGAAGAGACGUAUAAGUGAUAUUGACAAUGACAAACAAGAAUUAUUAUCAGAACGACUUGAUUUGCAAGAUAAAUUAGAAGAAAUGGAGAGAAAUAUUGUGUCGUUGGGAAAUAAAAACGGUAAAUAUGAUAAAACAAUUAAAGAAUUGACAAAACAACUUGAAAGAAAAAUGACUAAGGAACCCCAGCAACAAUUGAUAACAGAUGAUUUAGUUGAACAAAUAAUUGAUACUCCUAUCAAGUGUCCCAAUAAGCAGCAAGAGAAUAAAAAGAAGAAGAGAAUCAGCAAGGCCAGGACGGAUGUUGUUAAUGGUAUAAAGGUAAAGAAAUCCACAGAAGAUGAAUUUGAUCUUCCUUCGUCACUAAAUGAUGAUUUUGAAAUGACUGAGCCAUCACCGAUCCAUUUAAAGCCAGUAAGAACCAAAUCAAAGAGGGGAUAUCAACCAGACCCAUCCGUAUCUGUUACCAAGAAAAAAUUAUUGUUAGUAGAUCCUCAAGGAAGCACGGAUUUUGAAGUAAUGAGUAAUAAUGUGAUACCCAAACGAAAGAAGAGAAAGAAUUAA